AUGUCCUAUCACUCCUUCAUGGACAGAUUGACAUCCCACUCAGUCUUCAAGUUGCCGGUGAAGCUUGAACACUGUUGUCUGAUGUCCCCUCCACCUCCUCCACUCUUCCCACCACCACCACCUCAUCACUUCCCAUCACCCCCCGGGGUGUCGCCGCCGGCCGUGUUUAGAGGAGAGGAGCAGCAAAACGAGCAUCCGCGGGUACCCGGCUGCCCACCUGGACCUCCGGGACCUCCAGGACCACCUGGUCCAGAAGGUGAGAAUGGAUUUCCUGGCAUAAGAGGACCAAAAGGGGAAAAGGGAGAAAUUGGACGCCCAGGGUCAAAGGGGCGUACAGGAGCGCCGGGGCUUCCAGGGAAACAAGGACUUCCAGGAUGGCCUGGUCCACCGGGACCCGUGGGUGAGAAAGGAGACCCUGGACUCAUGGGACUACCAGGAUUGAGGGGACCCCCAGGAAUGAAGGGUAUGCCUGGUUACAGAGGAGAGAAGGGCGACAAUGGAAACCCAGGAAUGCCGGGAUUAAAAGGUGAAAAAGGCACUACCGGUUUGCCUGGAAUGCUAGGUCAGAAGGGUGAACAAGGCCCAAAAGGAGAACCAGGCAUCCCAGGCAAAAGAGGACCCACCGGGCGCCCUGGAAAGAGAGGCAAACAGGGAGAAAAGGGAGAAAUUGGAGCCUUUGGACUUAUGGGCAAACCUGGGCCACCAGGGCCAAUCGGGCCUCCUGGUCCACCUGGUCAACCAGGCUCCGGUCUCUAUCUUGCCGGGGAAAAGGGUGAGAAGGGUCUUCCCGGCCCACCCGGUCACUGUGACUGUGACACUCUUCUCAUCGCCAACAAAGCUCCUUCGGGAAGCUACACGCAUGAGGAGAUCCCCAAUCAAGUCCCUGCCAUAUUCGUAGUGAGCAACGAAGACGAACUGGGCCGUCUACGUCUAGAUCACGCCAUCGCCUUCAGGAAGGAUCAGAAGGCGCUCUACUUUCGGGAUAAGGACGGAUGGAAGCCCAUUCAGCCCUUUCAGCAAUUCCAGUCUACCGAGAAAGUACCAGACAGAGUGGGUGUGUGCGGAGAUGGUAAAGUGCAGGCCCAGGAUGGCGAGGAAUGCGAUGAUGGAAACCAAAUUGUCACUGAUUCUUGUCUGAACUGCAAAUGGGCCUAUUGUGGAGACGGUUAUCGACAUGAAGGCAUGGAGGAGUGUGAUGGGAAAGACUUUGGCUAUCAGACAUGCAAAUCGUAUCUUCCUGGAUCCUUCGGUCAUCUCAGAUGCACUGAUUCCUGCAUCAUCGACUCUACUGGCUGCAAGUACUUCACCUGA